AUGGAGGGAGCAAACAGGACUGAGUCCAACGCAGAUAACACUGCCGCUGGUGGACCAAAUCCAACCAAAUCAGCAGACCAUGUGAAGACCGCAAAGUGUGAAUCCAACGUUUUGUUCGUGUCGUGCCCUCACAUUAUGUGGGUCCCUUCACCUUCGAUCCGCGUGGGUCCCACCUCUUCACAUGAUGUUUGUUUGUUGCCACCUAUGAAUCGUGAAAGGUUGCCGUUGCCUCGCCCUGGUUGGAUAAUCUUGUCAAAUGUAUUUCAGUGA